CAGUCUUCAGUGAUGUCUCUGUUCAGUCUGCUGCUGUUUUUCUCUCUCGCGGCCCACACCGGAGCCUUCGACCUGGGCCAGACCACCCGCUGCGUCCCCAUCCCACCACAGAUGAGCGUCUGCCAGGAUGUCCCAUACUCAGAGAUGCGUUUACCCAACCUGCUAGGUCACGGCAGUCUGGAGGAAGCCGCUCCUCGAUCGGAUGACUGGAGGACGCUGCUGCACACCGGCUGUCACCCGCAGGCCCGGGCCUUCGUCUGCUCACUCAUCGCCCCCGUAUGCCUUGACAGGUUCAUCCAGCCAUGUCGGAGUGUGUGUUUGGCAGUGAAGGAGAGCUGCAGUCCCGUUCUGGCCUGUCAUGGACACUCCUGGCCUGAAUCGCUGAAUUGUGAACGAUUCCCGGAGCAGGAUGACUGUCUGACGCCGCUGCCCAAACACAUCAGCGCUUUCUCCAAAGAGUUUCCUCAGCCGGUGUGUCAGAGCUGUCCAUCAGUUCAGGAGUCUCCGUCACUCAAAACCCUGUUGGACUCACUCUGCCUCAACGACUUCGCGGUGAAGGUGAAAAUCAUGCGUCGGCGUGUGCCGUCGUCGGAGCCGGAGCUGACAGUAGAGGGCGCUGUGGAGCUGAUCGAGCGUGGGCCACUUAUGCCCUACGACACUGCUAGUCUGCUGCAGCGCUGGAUGCUAAUCAACCUCCGCUGUGCACAUGCGCUAGUUAGACCCGGCCGCGCGCAGCUAUACCUCAUCACUGGAAACAUGCGCGCUGGUGGAUCCAUCGAGAUCGCUAAUCUGUUCCCGUGGCUGAAGAAAGACCUGCACAUCGCCACGGCAACACGCAAGUGGAAACACUACAAGUGCUGA